CGGUGCUCAGCACUUUAGCCGCAAAGACGCGUUUACUGGCGUGAGCUCCAACUUGGUUCGCGAGCUUUUUUUUUUCGGGGGCAAAUACACUGCAUUCGGGAUAGUGUGGUGACUGGUUGUAUAUAACCAGUUGCAUCAUAGAUCCAAGACUUCAGUCGAAUGAAAGUAAAGCGCGAGGGCACAUCACAACUGUGACACAAUACCCCACGGAGGAUUUGAACACUUUUUUUUGCAAUUAUCGUGCCUUUUUGGGAUAAUUAAUUUUUUUAAAGAAAAAAAAGUUUGAGGAUAAACGCACUUGACCGUUGUGAUUUAAAUUUUUGAACUAUAUCCUGUUUAUAAAACCUAUCUCAUUGUUAUAGUAGCUCAAAGUGAAUCAGUUGGAAGAACAAGGAAUACAAAAAGAAAUCAAACAGAGUGAAAGUGUGUUGAAGGAAAAACAAAAGGAAAAAGUUAGAAGAAAAGCUCAAAUAAUUGAGAGACUCUUUGUGAAGGCAGAUGGAUUAUUUUUGGAUAAUUGAUAAGUGAUGAAGUGGCCAAAAUGUCCGAAAGGAAGUGAACUUGACAGGUGAUAUUCGAAAGCAAAUCAGUGCAAUUUUUUUCAGACAUUUUGCUGUGCAAGAAAACUGUUACAAAGAAUUUCUUUUGAAAAGUGAUUAAAGUUGAAGCAGAAGACAUACUUUACAUACAUACGAUCAUUGUGCAAUUAAAGUGAUUAAAGAGGAAUUUAAAAGUGCAAUAAAAAAAGGACUUAAGGACCCAUAAGACGUGUGAAGUUCCUGAAGAAGAAGAAGAAAGAAAAUUUCGUGUGUGUCUUAUGCAAUCCCAUUGAUAAGACUCUUAAGAAAAGAAAUCUUAAAAAAAAAAGAAAGAAAGGGUGUGACCAAGAGUAGCAUUAGAACAAUAUAUAGCAUCGUAGGGGUCCAACGGCGACCCGGAUAAUGACGUUGUGCUUUCGAUAUGGAAUCGCCACAGAUGUAUGAUACUUCUCAGCCCAUGGUACAGAUUGAAGUGAAGAAGAUUAACACAAUGGCAUCCAACAGUGGUGCAAGCGUCACCAAUAACAACAACACAUCCACCAUUAAUCACAACACAUUGGUUAAGCAUCAGCAGCAUCAUCUGCAGCAACAGCAGCAACAGCAGCAGCAGCAGCAACAACAGCAGCAGCAACAGCCCAGCAAUGGGAGUAGUAUCCUGCAGAAGCAUAUGCUGCAGCAGUACUCACAGAGUGACCUGGAGGAGUUAACAUCGCAAGAGAUCAGCCUGGAUCUGCAGCACCUGAUCGAUGAUCAAUUUCGCGAUCAGGAAUCCAUGGGGAUCUUCACGGAGAUGGUAACCCCGACCAAUGGAACGACAAAUGGGGGUCUCAAUAUGGCCGCCAAGGCGCUACAGUUGCAACAGAGUCGCCUUCAGGCGCCACAGGGGUAUCCACGUACAACCCUAGCCUAUAUGCCGCAACCCGUGCACUCAGGAGCAACGUACACGAACAACUCCAGCGAUGAGAACAGUAGCGUGGGAUCGGAUGCAACGACGAGCAUCAAGGAGGAACCCGUGGAUCCCGUUGAGUACCGGCGCCAGUUGGCGGCCAAUGGGAAUCCCCAAUUUAUGGGGGCAGCAGCAACGGGGGCACAAGCUGUACAAAAUGGCGCCAAUGGACCCACAAUCUACCCCAACCUGCCACCAAAUUACGCCAGCAAUGGGUCCGGCAAUACCUUCACCACCCUCACGCCGUCAACGGUGCUCCACCACCAGGCCCUACCUCACCUCCCAUCGGCGGCGCACCUGGCAAAUCUCAAGCAUAAGCAGAUGAUGUCGCACCGGAAGCAGAGCAAUAAGCACGUGGACAAGGGCACAGAUGAGUACCGUCGACGACGCGAGCGGAACAACAUUGCCGUGCGGAAGAGUCGCGAGAAGGCGAAGGUGCGAUCGCGGGAGGUGGAGGAGAAAGUGAAGACGCUAAUUAAGGAGAAGGAAGUCCUCAUUCGCCGUCUCGAGGAGAUGACAAAUGAGAUUCAGCUCCACAAGCAACUCUACAUGCACCUCAUAAACCACAGCAAUCCCGAGAUCAAUCAAAUCUGCCGAAGUGUCCUCAGUGUGGUUAACAUGAGUGACCACGGAAUGUAAGGGCGGGGUCCCCCACGCUCCCCCCAUCAACUCCGGUGGUAAUAAUUUUUAAAUUAAUUUCUGGGUGUGGGCUAGAGGGAGCCAAAGAUGAUCAUCAGACAUCGCAAACAGUCGCUUAUGGUCAGUCUGCUAACAGCAUCGAUUUUUUUAUGUGAAAGAAAAGUUAAAUCUAUCUUCUACCAUGUUCUUCCUCCACAAACUUCAUCCUAUUUAUUCCUCAUUCUACACUGUUAAAAAUGGUUUGAGAAAGUUUUUUUUUGUAGUUCUUUUUUUACCAUGCAAUUAUGACAAAGUGUACCAAAUAGUUGAAUAUCAUGGGGUUUAGGUUUAAGUCUCGAUUAUGAAAAAAGUUUAGUGUCUAAAUUUUUCGAGUAAGAAUUCUUUUGAGACUUAAACCUCAUGGAUAAACCCCGUGGUACGUUUUAAGGUGAAAUACUUAACCUUAUAGAAGAAUUGUUUGUUUUUGUAACUGCAACGAAAUAAGAAAAUGAAAAUUCCCAGGAGGAAAACCCACAAAAAACACAUCAUAGAAUUUAUCUUUUAUUAAAACAAAAAAUCUGUAUAUAGAGAAAUUUUUAAAAUAAAUAAUAUAUUUUUUGUAAAUAGAACGUAAUUAAGGAGAAAAUGUAAACUUGUAAAAUAAGACUAAAUUAAAAUGCAAAAAAAUCCUUCGUGUGGCUGAAAGCUCUCAGAAGCGAAUGAUAAAUGAAAAUACUGCCCUUUCUACUAUUUUUUUUUGUGCAAACUCUUUUAAAUCAUAUUAAUAUUUUUUCAUAUUAAAUUUUAAGGUUUGAAUGGUUGAACGUAUAAAGAAAACUCCCCCUUUGAAUGAGAAAUGAAGAAGAAAAUUAAGAAAAAAAUGUGAUUAUUAAUGUCUAUUUAAAUCCCUAUCCUUUGUACAUUUUAUACGCAAAAAAAACACAAAUUUUCAAUGUGAAAAAUCAGUGGAAAAAUGUCAAAGUGAUACGAUGCAUUAAUUUUUAUUUAAUAACAAAAAACUAAAAAAAAAAAACAUUUUUCCCCUGGAUUUAUCUAAAGUUACCAGAAUAAGAAAGCAACACGGGUAUGAAAAUGUAGGCUCUGAAAAUUUUUUAAAAUGAUUUUUUAAACAUUUCUGUGUCGAUUUAAUUCAAUAAAGAACCAUUUCUUGACGUAAAAAUCGUAAAUUAAAAGAAGACACAGAAUUAAAGGAAAGCCAGGAUUUUUUUUUAAAUAUAGAAGGGGAAUUAACAUUGAAAUGUAAGACAUAAUGCGUAAGCUGAAAGACGUAAGAUUAAAAAAAAAGUAAGUAAAUGCAAGAAGAUAAUCUUUCUAUCAAUUUUUUCUUUGAUUUUAUUUUAAUAAAAAGUUUUUCUGAUAAUUUUAGUAAAAAAAUCAAUUUUGAGGUUAUGUUCUCUACGAUUACAUUAAUAUUUAUUUUUUGCGGCAUUUUCUUACGGAAAUCCAGAUGUUUUGAGGUUAUGAUUAGUAUAAACGACGUUGAAUGAUUCAAAGAGAAAGCUUUGGGCUCGCUGGAAGCGUCGUAGAUCAAGAAAAAUUGUGUCUAGAGAAACACAAAGAUUUCCAAAGCUUUCGGCAGAAAUCUGUCUGCCUUCCUCAGGGGGUAAGAAAAGAGAUUUUAUUGAACAAAUUUUAUUUAAUUUGUUAAAUAAAAUCUCAAUUUAAUAAUUAUUUUAUUUUAAUAAUUUAACUUUUUAAUUCUGUCAAUUAUUCUGUUUUUUUUCUAAUUUUGAAAGAUAGUAAAUUUUGACAGUUGGUGUUUAAAAAAAUUGUUGUCCUGCUAUGAAAGAAAAUAAAUUUCUUGCCAGAAUUCUAUGAAAAAGGUGUUCGGAAGUUUCCUAGUAAAAUAUUGUUCUUUUCUUUUGUUUUCUCUUUUAAUUUUCUGUUUAAUCAACUUGUCAACGUAUAUUUGCAGUCGGAGUAAAAAACAUAACCUCAAAAUUUGUUUCUUUUCUCUUUAAAAUGAAUCAAAUGAAUAACGCUUUGGUCGUAACAUCUAUAGCCUUAAAAAUUAAUAAUAAAAUGUUAUAAAAAAGAAUAUUAAGAGACUACAAACUUCUUACGCUUACGCCGUCUCACAAUUUACAAUUUUUCUUACAUUUCAUUGUGAGUUCCUCCUAUACAAACAAAAUAUUAAGUAAACUACUGAGGCAAUACUAAGAUGUACAGAAAGAAUAAUGAAUGUUAGUGAAAAUUUUUCAUUUUGUUUUAAACAAAUAACAAAUCAGUUGCAUUUAUAUAAUUUUUUCUAUCAGUGUAAGAAAUGAAUCUGAUGAAAAAUUAAGAAGUUUCACCUGAAAGAAAUACUAAUUAAUAAUUAUUUUUGUAUUUAUUUCCUCACAAUUCUUGUAUUAUAUAUUUCCCCAUUUAAAAGAAAAACUCCCCUACCCUGAAUUUCCACUAAAAAAAAUAAAUAAAAAUAAAAAUGAAAAUUACUAUUUUCUUCUCUACUUCAACUCUGGGCUGCAAUAAGAAAAAAAAAUCCAAUUUUAUUUAAGAUGUGAAAGAAAGAAAAAAAAAGUGAGAUAGACCUGCUAAAAUUAGGAGUUGGCGAAUGAUAUUUUCACGACGGUUAAGUUACCAUUAGGAAUUUUCUUCGUGUAGUGAGAAAAUUGACGAUAUAAAAUAUUUGAUGACUUUUUUUUGUAUAAAGAAAUGCUAUUAAUUUGUUUUUUUUUGUAAGGAAGAGAAGCGAAUUACAAACUUUUCUUUAUUUUUUGUAUGUAAGUUGUGCGAUGUAAAAAUGAGAGAAAUGAAAAAUGUGUAAAUUUAAGUGAGAAAAUGAUUGAAAAAUAAAGGAAAAAUACAUUGAAAAAAGAAAAA